AUGUACGGGGCCCCGGUAUGGGCGGACGACCUGAUGGCGAGCCGCUGCAGCAUCCUGCUCCUGAGAAGGCUACACAGGGUAACCGCCAUCAGAAUCAUUAGGGGAUACCGGACGGUGUCUCACGCGUCGGCGACCGCCCUAGCCGCGUCCUCCCCGUGGGAGCUCCGGGCGCUAGCGCUCAAAAAGAGAUACACCCACCGGAGAGUAUGGCAUCCGGGAGAAGAUCCGACCGAGAAGGCGGCUCCGAACGACAUAGGAACCGCUGAGGAGGACACGUGGGACCGGUGGCGAUCCCAGCUGAUCAACGAGGGAGGUGAACAUCGGGGCGCGGAGGGGGUCCUCCCAAACUGGGAGGCAUGGAGAAGCCGCCACGGCUUCCCGCUCACAUUCAGAAUGACCCAGAUACUCGCCGGACACGGCGUGUUCGCCAGGGUUAUUAGCGCCUACUGUUUCAUUAAAGCCAUGCACAUGUUACUUUCGUUUUUUACUAGAGGGUCUAGUACCUCAAAAGCUGCUAGCAGGGGAUUGUUUUUGAGGCAAUCAUUAUUGUACCUUCACAUACAAGGCUUUAGUACACUGAGGCACAGCGAUGCACUGUGA